GAAAAAACUUAGAGAGAGAAACUGAGUAAACUCCAAAAUCUCUAGAGAGCAUAGAGAGAAUAUCUUUCUUGUUUUCUUUUUCUCGGAAGGUAAAGAAGUGCAAGUGAUGUUGACAUCAGACAACAGAUUUGCUUCGCCUCCUCCUCCUGCUUCUUCUUCUCCGGCAACAAUCCAAAACCCUAAUUUUAAUUUCAUCCCUUUCAACUCAUUUUCAUCCAUUAUCCCGAAGGAGGAGCAUGGAAUGAUGAGUAUGAGUAUGAUGAUGAUGAUGGGAGAUGGAGCAGUCGAGGAAAUGAUGGAAAACGGGUCGGUGGGUGGAUCAUUCGGGUCGGGUAGUGAACAAGCAGAAGAUCCAAAGUCCGGGACUGAGUUUGAUGUCAAUGAACUUCGAGAUGAUGAACAACCUCCUCCAGCUAAGAAGAAACGUUACCACAGACAUACUGAUCGUCAGAUCCAAGAAAUGGAGGCAUUGUUCAAAGAAAACCCUCAUCCAGACGAUAAGCAAAGACAGAGAUUAAGUCAUGAACUUGGUCUCAAGCCUCGACAAGUAAAGUUUUGGUUUCAAAAUAGGCGUACCCAAAUGAAGGCACAACAAGACAGAGCCGAGAAUGUGAUGUUAAGGACAGAUAACGAUAAUCUCAAGUUGGAGAAUUCACAACUUCAGGCAGAGCUACGGUGCCUCUCGUGUCCUUCAUGCGGCGGUCCCACCGUCCUUGGCGACAUUCCUUUCAACGAACUCCACAUUGAGAACUGUCGCCUCCGUGAAGAGCUUGAUCGUCUAUGCUCCAUAGCUUCAAGAUACACAGACCGUCCAAUGCAAUCCAUGCCACUGAUCAAUCCUGCUCAGGAGCUUCCGCAUCAUCAACCUUCAUUGGAGUUAGAUAUGAGCGCUUACGCUGGAAACUUUCCAGAACAUCCUAGUUCAGACUUGAUGUUGCUUCCUCCACAAGACACUGCUGGUUUCUUCCCAAAUCAAACUAAUAACAGCAGCAAAAACAACAUGUUACUUGCGGAAGAAGAAAAGGUUAUGGCUAUGGGAUUUGCUGUCUCUUGCGUCCAAGAACUUACUAAAAUGUGUAACAUGGAAGAGCCAUUGUGGAUCAAGAAGAAAUCCGACAAGACCGGUGAGGAGAUUUUGUGUCUGAAUGAGGAAGAGUACAUGAGGUUGUUCCCAUGGCCAAUGGAGAAUCAUAACAACAAAGGAGAUAUUCGUAGAGAAGCUUCAAAGGCAAACGCAGUUGUCAUCAUGAACAGCAUAACGCUUGUUGAUGCGUUUUUAAACGCGGAUAAGUGGUCAGAAAUGUUCUGCUCAAUCGUGGCUAGGGCGAAAACAGUUCAGAUAAUCUCUCCUGGAGUUUCUGGAGCUAGUGGUUCUCUUCUACUGAUGUAUGCAGAGUUACAGGUAUUAUCUCCACUGGUUCCAACUCGUGAAGCUUAUUUUCUACGGUACGUGGAACAGAACGCGGCGAACGGGAACUGGGCAAUCGUAGACUUCCCAAUCGAUAGCUUCCACGACCAAAACACUCCUCAUGAGUAUAAGAGAAAACCUUCAGGCUGCAUCAUUCAAGACAUGCCUAAUGGAUACUCACAAGUCAAGUGGGUCGAGCACGUGGAGGUAGUCGAGAGGCACGUGCACGAGACAUUCGCAGAAUAUGUGAAAAGCGGAAUGGCUUUUGGAGCUCGCCGUUGGGUGGACGUGUUGGAGAGACAAUGCGAGAGGAUGGCUAGUCUAAUGGCUAGAAACAUAACCGAUCUUGGAGUGAUUCGAUCAGCAGAAGCGAGGAGGAACAUGAUGAGGCUAUCACAAAGAAUGAUAAAAACAUUCUGUGUGAACAUAAGCACAACGUACGGACAAUCAUGGACAGCGCUGUCUGAAACGACGAAAGACACUGUGAGAAUCACGACAAGGAAAGUGUGUGAGCCUGGACAACCUACUGGAGUUGUUCUUGUCGCUGUCUCAACAACUUGGCUUCCAUUUUCUCACUUCAAAGUCUUUGAUCUUCUCCGUGAUCAACAUCACCACUCUCUCUUGGAACUUUUGUUCAAUGGAAACUCACCUCAUGAAGUUGCUCAUAUAGCUAAUGGUUCACAUCCUGGAAACUGUAUCUCCCUUCUUCGUGUCAAUGUGGCGAGCAAUUCAUGGCAUAACGUAGAACUGAUGCUACAAGAGAGUUGUGUCGAUAACUCAGGAGGCUUGAUCGUCUACUCUUCCGUUGACGUUGACUCAAUCCAGCACGUGAUGAACGGUGAAGAUCCUUCUAGUAUUCCGCUUUUGCCCCUCGGGUUCUCCCUCGUCCCCGUGAACCCUCCAGGUGAUAUGGAGGGUAUUCCUGUCAAUUCGCUUCCUCUGCCUUCGUGUCUUCUCACCGUUGGGAUUCAAGUCUUGGCGAGCAACGUCCUAACCGCUAAACCUAAUCUCUCCACCGUCACAGCCAUCAACAACCACCUUUGCACCAUUGUUAAUCAGAUCACUACCGUCCUUGGCAGCACCAUUUCUCCGGCCAUCGCAUCUCCCGCCGCCUCAGCCAAACAAGAGGUCAACCAGUGACUGAAUUACCCCUAAACCUCCUUGCUUUUUGAAUCUCGGAUAAGUGCAAAAUGGUAAUUUGUUGUUAUAAGAGGGAGGUUAAGAGGUAAUUCAGUUAUGGCUCUGAGGGUAGUUUCAUAAAUAGCGUAGCAUGUUUUCAGUUUUUUUUUUUGGGAAGGUCAAAAUGUUAUCUAAGACUAGAAAAGGCAGAGAAAGUCAAGAGCGCACCAGGCAUCUGUGAACCGGUUUCCGGUUUGAUAGAAAACGUUGCUGGGUUCGGGUAUUGACUUUCUACUUGGUUUGAAUCCUUUGAAAUACUUUGGCUUAUUUGCUUCGGAAUUUAAUAUGCUACCUUCUUUUUA